AGAAGACCUAGAGAGAGAAAAGGGAGAGAGAGAGAGAGAGAGAGAGGAGCCAUAGAAAACUCAGAAACCCUAGAGAAGAGAAGAGAAGAAACUCCGAUUGCAUUCCAAGAUCCCGAUUGAUUAAUCCUUUCGGUGAUAGGAAUCCGGCAUUGAAGCAUGGAAAACUCCAAGAGUUCAUCAAAUAUGAGAAAUCUGAUGUAUUCCGGAAAGCACCCGUUGCUUCCACCUAAAAGUCCAUUUCCUAGUGUUUCUCCGUCGUAUGCAGAUUAUGUCUUCAGUCCUGCAAUGGGGUCGAAAACUAUUCAGAAGCCUAGAGAGGGAAAUACACACCACCAGCGAACUUCCUCAGAGAGUUUACUGAUAGAGGAGCAACCGUCUUGGCUUGAUGAUCUCCUUAAUGAGCCAGAGACACCUAUAUGCAGAGGAGGCCAUCGUCGUUCUUCAAGUGACUCCUUUGCGUAUGUAGAUGCAAUUAAUGUUACCAACAUUGAUUAUGCUGGUCAAGAUGAGUACAAAUUUAACAAUAUGUUUUCCGCACCCUCUUGGAGACCCACUCAAGACUUUGAUCCACAGACAGAUUUAAGACAUGCUUCAUUGUACACUGAACUGAAUUUGGUGAAGCAGAAAAAUAAGGCAUGGGAAUCUUCUGUGAGUGCCGUAAGUAACCCAAGAAGCCUUUCUUCUCUCAAGGAUAACAUUGUUCUUCACAGUUCAGCAUCUUUAUCUACUACGCAAGAAGCAGAUGGGGUUGUCUCUACAGCCAGUGAAAAGCAAGAUCACAUUGAAUCUGGCCCACACGAUGCUAAAGCUGCCUCUGAGAAAAAGGACAAUUCCAAUGCUAAGCCAUAUGCAUCGGAGACGGAUGCAAAACGUGCAAAACAGCAAUUUGCUCAACGUUCACGGGUUCGCAAACUGCAAUACAUAGCUGAGUUGGAGAGAAAUGUGCAAGCUUUACAGGCAAAGGGGACUGAAGUUUCGGCUGAGCUUGAAUUUCUAAACCAGCAAAAUCUAAUUCUGAGCAUGGAGAACAAAGCUCUCAAGCAGCGAUUAGAAAACAUAGCACAGGAGCAACUAAUUAAAUACUUGGAGCAAGAAUUGUUGGAGAGGGAGAUUGGGAGGCUACGAACAUUGUAUCAGCAGCACCAACAGCAACAGCAACGACCUUCUUCUAGCCAUAGACGUAAUAACAGCAGAGACCUUGAUUCUCAAUUUGCAAACCUCUCUUUGAAACACAAGGAUCCAAAUGCAGGCCGUGACCCUGUCACAGGUGCACUUCACAUUUAGAUGUGUAGUCAAGUCAGAGCUGAUGUGUUUAUCUCUCUUUUCCAUUGAUGUUGCCAUCCCCUGCCUGACAAGUUUGUUGCUUCCCUUUGUGCGGGACAAGGCUGAGCUAUCCCAUUAUUGGUGCCUUCCCUUUCUUCUCCACUUCGUGUAAUUCGAUUGUCAAUGUUUAUUGUCCUUCUCUGUUAAGUUAAUGUCUGUGCACCUGGUAGUCAUUGCCCAAGGUAGUUCUAUUUAGGGCAGAUGAGAUACCGGAGGUGGUAACUCAGAAAAGGUCCGGUACAAUUUUUACUGUAUGUCCUAAUUAGUCGUAUGAUUCAUUAGUGUUGCAUGGUUCAGUUCUGGCCCAUUGAAGAUUCCCACAUAGUACAGUGAUCAUUUGGGCUGUGGAUUUGCAAGGCAUUAUGAUAGGAAUGUGUACUUUUGUAAAAUUGUUAUAAAUGAAAUCCGUGGUUUCUUUGUUCGAAUU